UUUCGCCAGGGUCACUUGACAGUCUUGAGCUGAGCUCGGGAACCACCUACACCCAUCAUCUUUUUGCCGCAUUCUUUGUUCACUCAUGGCAAUGGUUAGUGCUUCUGCUGCUUGUGCUAAUCCCAGAAUCCCACACUCUCUGUUGUCUUCGUCAUUUCUCAAGGUGCCAUCUCAAUCCAACUGUCCCCUGGCAUUAGCUCCUGCGUCAGCAACAAGGAGGAUACCUUCUGUUCGCAGCAGCAAGUGUUUUGUGGUAAAGGAGGAAUUUCCUGAACCUAUUUCUCAAAUCGACGAAGAAGUGGAGUUGAGGGAGAACAGCGAAACUCUCCUCUACUCUUUCUCUCCCCUGCCAUUAUUGUACGCAGCUGCGCUUCUGCCUGGAGCUGGGGCUGUGCGAUCUGUAUUUGGCCCUUUUGUUGAGCUUGUCAAAUCAUGGAAUCUCCCAGAUUGGCUUGUGCAUUGGGGUCACCCUGGCAACAUGGCAGUUGUGCUCUUUGCCAUGGGUGGCUAUGGAACUUAUCUGGGUUUCCGUAUACGUUACUCUGAUGAUGUGGAGGAGAAGGCUAGCGCCAAGGACCUGCACCCGAAACUUUUAGGCGGUAUGUUUUUCUUCUUUGCGCUGGGAGCUACUGGUGGAAUAACAUCUCUACUAACGUCAGAUAAACCUAUUUUUGAGAGUCCCCACGCUGUUACAGGCGUCAUUGGCCUUGCUCUGUUGACAAUACAAACCAUAUUGCCCGCACUAUUUGAGGGGAAUCCUGGACUUAGGAAUGUUCACGGUAUCUUGGGUAGUGGUAUCAUGACGCUCUUUCUUAUCCAUGCUGCUCUGGGACUUCAAUUGGGCCUCAGUUACUAACCUUAACGCGGAUUGAUCCCGCACUGCUAUUUUGAUCGAUUUUUCAUUUUACAAGAUGGUGUACAUUCUCUCCUGGACAUGGUUCCUAACUUGAAUCUGAAAUGAGACCUCUAAGU